AUGAGAGGCCACCGCAGUCUGCGCUCGUUUGACCGUGCCGCCGGCCAGGCCAAUGGCUACGGCGGCAGCGGCGGCAGUUCGGCCUACGACAAGCCGACGUCGUACGGGGCUCUGGCGUACGCGAAGCCGCUGAAGCUGGGGUACUCCGCCUACCGCACCACCCACAACAACACCCGCCACUACCUGCUGUCGCCGCCCGUCCAGCUGCUGGCGACGUUUAACCGGUACGACGACCCGCCGAGAUCGUCGUCAUACAACUACGACGAGCCCCAGUCAGGGAAGUACGACAGCAAAUAUGACGGCGGCAAAUACGACAGCUACGACCAGGCAAGAGGAGCCAAAUAUGAUCCCUAUGAUGACACGCGGGGAGCUAAGUAUAACGGCUAUGACGACUCUCGAGGAAGUGGCAAGUACGACUCGUAUGAUGAUACACGGGGAGCGGAAUACGACACGUAUGCUGCCGAUACUCGAGUGGCCAAAGUCGACCGGUAUAGCCACUCUCGCACCAAAUCGGGUGCUGCUGCUGGCUACGACGACGACUAUGUCGGGUCGCUGCUGCUGCUGCUGGGGAUAAUGGAGCUUAAAGAGAUCUUUAACAACUUGAAAUACGACUGGCCCCAGAUGCUUGACGACCGUGCCAACCCCAUUGAGCUUGCAGUGGCAUUAUUGGACGAUACGCUGGUGGGUAUGGCUCACAAGUACCCCGAGUUUGAGCGGAUCCAGAGGGACACGCUGCGGGCGUUGCGCAAAGUGGUCAACGACGAGUACGAGGCGUUCAACUCGCUGAUCCGGCUGUACCACGCGUUGUUGCCGAUGCUUGACCGCGUGGAAAACGAUGCCUCCGGUAUACGUGACAUGUUGGACACUCUGACCCUGGAAAUGCAUACUCUGAGUGACGCCCUCCACGAUUUGCACACUACUCAAACACGUUUAGUGGAGGUACUUGAGAUUCUCGAUGCCAUCGACGUGGUGGUGAAAAUACCUGACCAGGUCGACGCCUUGGUGGCGGACAAAAAGCUCCACAUGGUGUAUGACGUCGUCGCUGAAGGGUUCCGUUUGGGGGACAAAUACAAGUUGUGGACGCUUCCAGCGCUUGCCGGAGUGCACCAGCAGUUAGAGCUGAUCUCUAACGGCAUGGUCGACACCAUCAUCGACGAGCUCCACCUGGAGAUCUAUCUCAAACAGGUGCUGUUGCUGGCGACGCGCGAGGCGCUCAUGGCGCUGAACAACCCUCAAUUGGUCCUGUUCCGCAACCUCAAGGAGCUGGCCCUGCUUGAGCAGUUCAUCUACAACCUGGCCAACAUGGACACCACCGAGAUCGCCGACGUGUUUUUGGGCCCCCACAAGGCGUUUAUUUCCAGCCAAUUGCCCCGACUCCACAACCACCACUCGCAGACGGUGGCUCAGGAAGUCGACUAUAAGGUGGUGUUGGAUACCACCGCUUCCCCCUCCGAAGAACUGUACGUGUACAUGUACUUGCUCUUAGCUACGGCGCAUAAGCUUGGUCGAUUACACCAAGUUACCGCAGUAUUGGAGCAGCGAGCCCAGCUGGAAUUGCACAACGUGAUUAACCGGUGCACUGAGUACGUGAAGAGCGUCCACACUGGCGCCAUUGAAAAAUUGCUGAAGCUCCAGAACUUUGACCAUACUCACCAGACGGUGGUGAUUGGCGACCCUAACUUUUCUGAUACCGCCGUGGUGGUGCUCGUGGAGUUGUUCAGUGCCAUAUUCGCUCAGCUGUUGGUGGUAUUGAUGAAGCACCAAGUGGUGCUGGAGAUUGUUCCUUUACUCGAAGCUAAAGCCUCUUAUAACAUUAAUGGCGUGUGGCGGACGAUUCGUAAGGAGAUUGGGGUGAUCAUCGAUAACUAUAUCUACAACCAGCAGCGGCAAACUGACGUUAUCCACACCAGUUUGAAGAACGCCAUUAAUGAAGUGAAGAAAAAGGGAGACUUGUUCCGGUUCCAGGACGCUGAAAUCCCGCAAACGUCGCUGGAAGAAUUGCACGCAAUGAUGCAGGACAUGUUCCCGCUGUUCCUGCUUGACCCAUUGGGAGGUGGUAUCGAUAAUACUACACCUUACGUGGAAAGCGAGCAAUUUAACGCCAUGGUGGAAGUGUUGGCUCCCAAGGACUUAUUCAACAUGAGAAUCAUCCUUGAGUUCUACCUUUUGUUUGUUGCCGGUGCUGAAAAGCUCGGGAUCAUUGGCGGUACUUUAGAUGAUGGGACGGUGGAAAUGGCACCGUCACGUCUCUUUGACCACGACAUGACGUAUAAGUUCCUCGGCCGGGUGCGUGACAAUUUGGACUACGUGUUUUCGGAAGUUAUCGGCCACGAUCACCAGUUCAAGACCGAUACCAUUACCAUCAACCACCAAAAGGAUACCGAGACCGAUACAUUAGCAGUGACACGCGACCAGCUGCUUAAGUCGACGGCAAUCAUCUACCAGAACGCGUUCGACUUCCGUAAAGUGUGGCUGACAGUGUGUCUGGUGCUUAACACGCUGAUCAAUUACCGUCGUCACUACUCAAAGGUGGCCCUCGACUUUUUGGGCAAGUUUGUGUUGGCCUACCGUCACUUUUACGAUGAGCUUAUCACUACUGAUUCGGGUCACCUGGCACCUCAUAUGCCUAACCAUCUGCAAAAACCGGUACUGCAGAUUCUGAAAUGGCUUCGCGUGCCCAGUCUUGUGGAUAUCUCGCUGAUCUUAUUGUAUGCUGAUGACGAGAACCCCGAACACCGCCGCCAGAUGGUGGAAAAAGAAGUGACGAUUAUGUUUGCCACUGACCCCGAGCUCUUAGGGCUUAGUCCUGACGACUUCCUCGACGACGAGCUGUUUGACCAUUUGUGCUACUUCUUGCUUACUGGUACGUGGGUGUUAGGGUGGCUCCCUGGAGUUAAAGCGGCGCUGGUGCACCUGACUGACGAUCAGGAUAAUAAAGCGUCCUCGGUCCCGGAGAAAGGAGUACAGAUGGCUAAAGUCGACCGAUUAAAGCAGGAAUGGCAGUUCUUGGAAUCGGGUAAAUUGCACCAGGCGUUCCUGACGUUCGACAUGGUCCAGUUGGCGUUGGACACCCACCACACCGCCGAGUUCGACGACUACGUGCGCAAGUUUGAGACGAUGACCGACCACGCGUUGCUUGCGUUGCGCUACGACAUCCGGUGCAAGGCGCUCCACUACUUGGGCCAGCUGUUUAGCCACGACGACUGGUGUCCGCUGAGCGAGCCUGCCGAUGCUGAUAGGUUCGUGCUGGUGCUUAACAAGGAGCUCUACGGGAUUAAUAAUAAGCUCUCGCAGUUGCUUACUGAGAAGCAACGGAUCCACGUCUACUGCGGCCUCGAUGCGUUCUUGAAUAAAGUGUUGGUUCAAGGAUCUUUCCUCAUCAAAAAGGUUAACGCCUACGGUGUUAAACGAGCCAUGCUUAAUAUCUAUGUGCUUCAACAGAUGGUACGCAAUUUAAGUGGCGGUGACGGGGCUGACUUUGGACCGCUGGUGGCUUACUACGAAAUGUUCACUUUGAACGAACACAAAUUCUUACCCGAGGUUCAAGAGAACAAGUGGGGAUUCACUAAGCAAGAGUUUGUCAACAUGGCCCGCUUGGUGCACUCGGAGAAGCUCGCCGACGGCGGUGGGUCCCAGUUCGCUAAGCUGAAGUACCUGGACUUGUUGAAGAAGAUCGACGCCGAAUAUAAGGUGUAA